GUAUUUAUAGAGCCAUCGCAUCCCUUCUCCGCUCUCGCUUUGCCAGGCUGGCCGCGCCAUGUGCAGCUACUUGCAUAAGCAACCUGCGUCUCUGCCCAUCCAUCCUAGCGCGGGAGCUGGUUGGUAUCACGCUGCUCUUACAUCGCUGUGAUUUGUAGCACAGCGAUUUCCAGGGGCAGGACAUAUCUCCAGGGCCAGCGGCGUUUUAGUCAUUCGCAUCAGUUUUUAAAGCCGUAAUCUGCCCAAGCGGAUUGAUUUGUCUACGCGAGUCGCGCCCGGGGCCUGUAACUCGGUCUCUAGAGAUGGACACCUUCAGCACCAAGACCUUGGCCCUGCAGGCCCAGAAGAAGCUCUUGAGCAAAAUGGCUUCCAAGACCAUAGCCAACGUCUUCAUUGAUGACACAAGCAGCGAAAUCUUGGACGAGCUCUACCGGGCCACCAAGGAGUACACCCGCAACCGCAAAGAGGCCCAGAAGAUCAUCAAAAACCUCAUCAAGAUCGUCAUGAAGCUGGGCGUGCUGUACCGCAACGGGCAGUUCAGCCCCGAGGAGCUGCUGCUGAUGGAGCGCUUCCGCAAGAAGGUGCACACCUUGGCCAUGACGGCUGUCAGCUUCCACCAAAUAGACUUCACCUUUGACCGCAGGGUCAUGUCGAGUGUGCUCACAGAGUGCCGGGACCUGCUGCACCAGGCUGUCAACACCCAUCUGACUGCCAAAUCCCACUCCCGCAUCAACCACGUCUUCAACCACUUUGCGGACUACGAGUUCCUCUCAGCCCUCUAUGGGCCAGCCGAGCCCUACCGCAGCCACCUGAAGAGGAUCUGCGAGGGGGUUAACAAGAUGCUGGAGGAGGACAACAUAUGAAGCAGCUGAGAUGGGGCAUUGGCAGCGCCUGCUGGACGCUGUAUCCUGCCGCCUGCGAGACGGAGGACGGGACGUAUGUCUCUUUUGGCGCUCGCCAGGCUUUAUGCCCUCUUCUCUCUAGUGCUAACUCUCUCAUUUCUUCCUCCUUUAUAUAAAGACUGAACUUCUUUACUUUGUCUAACCCUUGCCCAGGGUCUACAGCCCCCCUGCGCUGGGCUGAGUCCUUUGCAGGUUACCCUGGGCUCCUGUCCUCCCUGGGCUCCUGCUGUACUUUUUUUUUUUUCCUUUGCCCACAAAGUGCUCUUAGCUCAGAGUCCAAGGAACCAACCAGAAUUGGACUCGCUGCGUUGAACUCUCUUCUAAUCCUCCUAUGGAAAAAAAAACAAACCAAAGACUCUCGGUGUGUAACACCCGCAAGGUGAAGCUGAGCAUGGGGGAAUUGCUCAGAGAAGGGGCUGUGAUAUCCUCCCUCCAGAGAGCUGUAGGGCGGCAAAGCCAUGCAGUUCAUUUCAGCAGGUUUCCAGAAGCUCCAUGACAUGGCGGGAGCAAACCACGCUCCAGGCUUGUGCUGCCUGAGACGGAAAGGUGCCUCUGUACUUUGCAGGCUGGAAUGGGCUUUGGCCUCCCACAAGGCAAGUCCUUGUGACCAAGGGGACCCCCUCUUGCCUGGGUGAGUCCCCUGGGCUGGAUGGGUCGCCCAGACAGAGGCAGUCACCCAGAGAUCACAGCGCUGUCUCGAAGCUCAGCGUUGGGCUCUGUCGUCGCUCCCAGGCCAAGCCUGGACCGUGCUGUGGUCUUGCCCAGCUCUCACUGCUGGUGGGGGCAGACCAGAGGACUCUCUGCAUGCCUUUGCACACGUCUACCCCAGGGAAGGGCCUGGAGGGAGAUGAAGCGACCUGCUGCUCCUUCUUUACAUCCUCAAUGCGCCCGGUUGUCCAAGACCCGACUGGAAUCCCCCUGCCAGCCUCCUGCGGACGGUAUCACUGUGGCUGCUUAGAUGCGUUCCUUGGGAGCUGUCCAAAGCUCGUAAUUCAUGCGUUUUGCGUGUCCUAGACUGAACUAGGAUUGUUGUGGUUUUUUUUUUUUUUUUUUAGGCAAACUCUGUAGCCCUGAUGAGUUUGUUUUAAUAAACUCACCUAUUUGGCCUGGGUGCGCUAUGUGGUUGUUACGAAGGUGGUUGAUAGUGAUAAAACGAGGGCUGUGGGCAGACUGGCUUUGUCUUUUAAAUGAAGAUUGCUCUUUGUGGCCUGGGGUUUUCAUUCUCCCAUAGCUGAAUGGGAGUGAUAUCACAGCCCCGGCAGAGCCUGCUUCUCCUUCUGAUUAGA